UUUUUUUUCCAUUUAGUUCUGCCCUUCAGAAGCUACAUAAGAUAUUUACAUUUUUCCCAGAAGACGAAAUAAUAAGUUUACACCGACCAACCUGUUCAAAAGUUUACACCCCCCCACACCCCCCCGGCUCUUAAUGGAGUGUGUUGCCUUCUUGAGUAUCAGUGAACGUUUGCACCUUUUGGAAUAGUUCUGUACAAGUCCCUCAGUUGUCCUAAGUGUGAAAAGGUUAUAUAGCCACCAUUGGAAAGGGGUCAAAUAUGCAGAACAUACUGGAAAACCAAAUAUCGUGCAGGACCUGGAGGAUUUUUCAGAAGAACAGUGGGCAGUUUAACUGUUCAGGAUGAACAACGGAUUCAUAAACAAGUAUCACAAAACAUAAAAACAGUCGUUGAUCGUCCAGAUAACAACACAUAGAAUUAAGAACCAAGUGUAUGUAUGGAAGGAGAAUCUGAGUAUAAGUUUGAGUGGCAGAAGGUAGCUCCUCGUGAAAAGUAUGCUAAAGAUGACAUGAACAUCAGAGAUCAGCCUUUUGGGAUCCAGGUGCGGAAUGUACGGUGUAUCAAGUGUCAUAAGUGGGGUCAUGUGAACACAGACAGGGAGUGUCCUCUCUUUGGCCUGUCAGGAAUCAACGCCAGCUCUGUAACAAAUGAUGAAGCAGGCCCGUCGAUGCACCCCUCCGAGUUAAUGGCAGAGAUGCGGAACAGUGGGUUUGCGCUGAAGAAAUGUGUCCUUGGGAGGAACGCCACUGUUUGUGAUCCAGCACAGGAGUUUGUGGCCAGUGAGGAAGAAGAUGAUCCUGAAGUCGAGUUCCUUAAAUCUUUAACCACAAAGCAGAAACAGAAGCUCCUCAGAAAACUUGACCGGCUAGAAAAGAAAAAGGACAAAAAGAAGAAAAGUAAAAAGGAGAAAAAGAAGAAACGCAAACACAAGAAAAAGCCAACUGAGAGUUCCUCCAGCAGCACCUUGGACAGUAGCAGCUCAGAGUCUGAACCCGAAAGACACAAAGCUAAAAAAGAGAAGGGGAAAAAGAAGAGAAGGAUAGACUCAUCCAGUGACAGCAGUUCUGAUAGUGAGAGUGACGGAAGACAGAGAGGAAAAAACAAGGAGCAUUGCAAUAGAAAUCACGUUCCAAGUCUUGAUUCUAAGCGUAGCCGAGACAAGCACGCACGCAGGCAGUCAGACGAGCAGGACAGACGACGGGAAAAAGCUGCGAGGUCACCACAUAGAAAAGAAAGCCUACAGAAUGAGAGCAAAGAGACAGAAUGGAGGAACAAGGACAAGGAGAGAAGAGGAGGUGGAGGAGAGAAGAGUGAACAGAGAACCAGCAGCAGAGAUAGUGAGAGAAAUCGGAGUUUGAGUAAAGAGAGAGGAAGGAAAAGGGGGGAUACAAGUUUGGAUAAUGAAAGGGUAAGGGAGAAGGAAAGGAGUACCAAACAAAGAAGUGUGAGUAAUGACCGAGGUAGAAAUGAAAAAGGAAGGAGUCAAAGCCGGGAUAGACAGAGAGAGAGCAAGGCGAUUAGGAAAGAGAGGAGUGAUAGCUUUGAACGAAAUAGAUGUGGAAAAGGAAGAAAUAGGAGUAGGGAGAGAGUAAGGAGCAGGAGUAGGGAGAGAAUAAGAGUGAGGACUGGGAGUAAGGAAAGAGUCAUGAGUAGGAGUAAGGAAACUGUGAGAGUCGGGAAUGAAAGGAACAGAAGUCCAAGAUAGGAAACUUGAGCGAGAGACCCAGAAAUAACAUUUUCCUAUUGGUGUAAUUAUAUGACUUGUGUUUUAAUGUGAAACUGUAUUGGGAAUACACUGACCUGUAAUGAGUUUGUAUUUGGUGUAGUAAAAGUAGUUUGUAUGUC